AUGGGGCUUCUUGCAUCGAUGGGAGUAGAUGGCCUGGGCGGUGAAUACUUCCUUUGGAGAACUCUCUCCAUGAACAGCUCAGGGAAGAAUAUGAAUACCGGUAGUAAUGGCGGGGGCAUGCCCGAGCAACCUGAUCCAGAUUUCAUCAAAAUGUUCGUCGGGCAGAUACCAAGAUCCAUGGAUGAAAACGAUUUGCGGAAGAUGUUCGAGGAAUUUGGACGUGUACAUCAAAUUAAUGUUUUGCGUGACAAAGUCACCGGACAGAGUAAA